UAUGCUUCCUAUAAUGUAUUGGGUGCGUGACAAUGAUAAUAAGAAAGUGUUCAUGCAACACAUCCAUGCUUGAGAACCAUACUCCCGUUGAAGCACCCCUUCCCACUAUUUAUCACUUAAUCACGAACACACUUCACAGCCGAUAGACGGCCGGCAUGCGGAACUUGUUUGGAGAGCUCACAAGGUAUCAUUUUCUGUAUAUCCUAUACCUGUUCCCAUUCUCUGCCUUUUGUCUGGCAAGAGAAACCUUUCCACAAAAGACCGAGCCAGCCAUCAGCCAGCAAACCAUGCUUCGAAACUCAUCCCAACCCACCCAAUCCUUCUUAACUCAACCCAACCCAAACCGCAAACCGGUCCAAAAGAAUAGAAAACAACGCCACCCAUGCUCAGGGAAUCAUGGUCAUAUCAUCGUUAAAAAAGUGCAAGGCCGGUAUAUAAAAAAAAAAACACACACAGAAUAUGGUGGUGGAGUGUACGUCGAAGUAUUGACUGUGUCGGGUGUAACAACCAAACUUCGUGCGGGUGGUUCCAACCGAAUCAAUAACACGUCGUAGCGUUCCAGUCGGCGCGUAAUUAGAGUGGAGGCCUUUUGUAUGUUUAUGUCGCCUCGUUUGAGUAUGCCGGAAUUAGUGACAUCAGAUGGAAGGCUCGCUCGUUGGUGU